GUGGCUCAACUGUGGCUGAAAAUCGUCGGCCCGGAACAUCUUUCUCGCAGCAGCGGGCCUGUUGUACUAUGGGAACUUUGCGACAACUCCAAGCCCAGUCGCCGCUACCCCAUCGUCCGCAACCGCCCCACGCGAUCUACGCGCAAGCCAGUAACAGCAGGUAGUCGCGAUUGAGAUCUUGCUCCCGGCGCCUAGAAAGAACCCCUUGUUCCUGCCCUGGCGAUCGGUUUACCUAUCUUUUGCGACUUGUAAACAGGACUACCGAUACCAUCCCUCGAACCCGUAACGAACAUCAUCACAACGCGCCAUGGCCAACUCUAACGGUGAAGGCGCUCCUGCAGGACCGCCAGAGCUCGACGUCAAGCCACCAGAGAACCUGGUUAUCCCCCCACCCAACGUGCGCGAAACGAUCGCAAAGACGGCUGAUUUCGUCGCUCGCCGAGGCGAAUCACAUUUCAAUGGACUGAAGCAGCGCGUCACGUCUGAUCCUUCAGCUGCGAACAACCGUAACUUUGUAUUCGUUUUGGAGGAGGACCCCUACAAUGCCUACUUCCUGUGGUAUCUUCAGCAACUCAAGGAGGGCCAUGGGCGAUCAGCUGGAAGUGCUAAGCAAGUGGUUGACAACAAACCCAAGGGUCCUCCAGAACCGCCCAAGUUCCGCUUUUCCGCGCGUAUGCCCAACAUCAGCGCAAAGGAUUUGGAGGUGUUGAAGCUCACUGCUCUGUACACGGCGCGCGUGGGUGAGAACUGGUUGAAGGACUUGCGCAACCGUGAGUCUGGCAACUUUCAGUUUGAUUUUCUCCGACCAAAUCACAGCUUCUUCCAGUUCUUCCGAUCGCUCGUUGAACAGUACAAGAUCCUGCUUGAGGAAGAAGCCACAGUCGAGGCACGCAUCGAGGAGUUGCAGCAAAACAUCAAGAACCGAUUCCAUGUGUUAGAUCGCGCCAAGGGACGCGCCGAGUACGUCAAAUAUGUGACUGCACAGAAAGAGAAAGAGGAGAAGAAGGUGGAGGCCGAGAAGCAAGAGUAUGCGACGGUCGACUGGCACGACUUUACAGUCAUCGCGACUGUGCUCUUUGAUGAAGCUGACGAUGCAGCGGAUCUGCCUCCUCCCGCACAGCUGAAUGAUCUGCAGUCGCAGUCGCUCGAACAGAAGGCUGCGGUCUCACUAUCAACAAGGCGUCUCGAAGAAGCCAUGCCCGACGAGAUGACUUACUACAACGUCUCACAGCAGCAGGUCCUACCGCCUCAGAUGCCGCCAAACUACGCCCCUGCCGCACCACCUGUGCAGCCACCCUAUGGCGUACCGUCCUACGCGCCUCCCCCUAUGCCCGACUAUCGGACGCCGGCACAGAUAUCACGCGAGGAAGAGCAAGCUCGGCAGGCAAGGGAGCGUCAAGCGGAGAACGAGCAGCGCGCACGCGCUCAGGCUGCUGCCAGAGGAGCGCCUGGUCGCAUUGUCACAGACUACGUUCCCCGCGCUGCCGCAAAGAAGGCAAACGUUCCGAUGGCCGUAUGCCCUAACUGCAAGCAGCAAAUCCCCUCAAACGAGAUGGACGAGCACAUUCGCAUCGAAUUGCUUGAUCCACGCUGGAAGGAACAGCGCGACAAGGCGGAAGCCCGGUACUCUACCACGAUUAACACCGCCGACGUUGCAAACAACCUUAAACGUUUCGCUAGUCAGCGCGAAGAUAUCUACGAUGGUGCUACAGGAUUACCCAUAUCUGCAGAGGAAGAAGCUCGGAGGAAGAAAGCUGCACUGUCGUACGACGGCCAGCCUGAUCCUGCCAAGGACGCUGCCCGUAUUUCGCAAAUGCAAAGCAUGAAUGUCCAGGAGCAGCUUCGCAGGAUUCAAGAGAAGCAUCGCCAAUAGGGCGUAGAUACGAGUAAGUCUUGAUUUUUCUUCCACGUGAUUCGUUGUUCAGGACAUCAAUUGCUCUACUUGCAUUGGGUGGCGUUUUUGGCGAUGUCACUUGUGUAUACCACCGACCAGACGCCAAAAGAGCUUCAUAGGUUCGAUAGUUCCGAGUCAUUAGCUCGGUUGUAAAACAACAGCUGCAAAAGCUUAAUGAAAAGUGU